AUGUCAACCAUAGUAUCCUCCUGUGUCGAUAAUGGGUCGUCACAUAACCCAAUAUCACAUCUUUCAAACAGAUUCUUUCAAGACGCUAGUAUUGCUACAACCUCUUCCCCUAGGACACUUUUAUCAAAUACCGAACAAGGGAAGAGAAAUACUUCAACUUCUUUUCGUUCUUGUUCAACAUCUACACCAGAAAGUGAAUGGUUAAAUGGUGAUAAUGGAGAAUGGAACAAUUUGUUUCAACAGAAUGUAGUUCAUGGUCGUGAUCAUUAUUCUAAAGAUGAUGAACAUUUCACCGAGAUUUAUAUCAAGCAAAAUGGUUUACACGAUAAUAUUAGAACGAGACGACAUUCCUUCUCUUCUUCGCAAAAAAAUUCGUUUGUUCAGGAAUUUUUACAUAAUUCAUCAAAUGAUAACGUAAAUUAUAAUCAACAAUCAAUCACCAUUUAUACAAAUCAUUGCGAUUUGUUUCAAGCUCAAAUUUACCUCCUUGAUCACCUUUUUUCCACCAUCUUAUCAUAUCCAAUUACAUCAACUUAUAGACCUUCACCAACAACUGAAUGGAAUUGGAAUAGAUUGUUUUCUCCAACGCGUUGGUGUGAUAAAGAAGAGGGUGAAAAUGAUGACGAUAAAUCAUUGCGAAACGAAUUACUUAAAAAUGUCGCGAUUAGAAGGUUACAAUUAUUGUUGGGACAUUUGAUAGUUUGUACUGAUAACGAAAAUACUAAUAAACAAAAAGAAGAGUCGGAGUGGGGGUGGGAGUGGGAAUUUUAUAAUUCUUGA